AACAUAUACGUUAAAUUAUCACACAAGCAACUUCUAUAAACAGGCUGGUGUUUAUGUAUGCAAAGUUGAUGUAAAUGAUUUUUUUUUUGUCAUUUAUAAUUUUUGAUGAGCCAUUCAAGAUUGCUUAAUCAUUAAGUUGCGAACAGUACAUCACUGAAUUUUGGCUUAAAACCUGAGUGUUAUAUUACUUAAAUAAAUCAAAUAACCAAUACAAAAAUGUCACCUAAAUCAGAAAAGGACAAAAGUAACAGUGUAAUUAGUAAAAUUUAUUUGAUUGUUUAUAAUUUCACAUUAGUUAUUGGCUGGAGUUAUAUUUUAUGUCUUUUGACAAGAUAUUAUAUUACCAAUGAUUUUAAAAAUCAAAGUUUAUGGGAUACUGUGCAAAAAAAUUUAUUCAUAUUUCAAAAUGCUGCUGCAUUAGAGAUAUUUCAUGCUGCCUUUGGACUUGUACGUUCCAACCCGGUUAUUACAACAUUCCAAGUUUUAAGUAGAGUAAUGGUAGUAUGUGGAGUGUUAUUAGCAACUCCAUCAUCAGCUGCAGCAGCUUCUAUUGGUCUACCUAUAGCUUUGCUAGCCUGGUCUGUCACUGAAAUUAUACGUUAUGGUUACUAUUUUGCAAAUCUUAUUGGAUAUGUUUCUCAUAUACUCGUGUGGCUUAGAUAUACGACGUUCAUUGCUCUUUAUCCUAUUGGAGUAACUGGAGAACUACUUUGUUUCUAUUCUGCUCAACAAUAUGCUUCAAAGAAUCCAGAUUUAUGGAGUUACAGUCUUCCUAACACCUGGAAUUUCACUUUUAGCUAUCAUUAUCUUCUUAUUGCAGUAAUGCUACUUUACAUUCCACUAUUCCCACAAAUGUAUCUACACAUGUUUGCACAAAGAAAGAAGAUACUUGGUGCUCCUUCAACAGCGAAAAAAGUAAAAUAAAUUAUGCUGAAUAUUUUUUUUUAUCUAUUAUUUAAAAAAUAUAUAAAUAUAUAUAGAUAAAUAAAAUAAAAUUGUACAUUUAUAUUAUUUAAAUUUGAAGGAAAAUUAAAA